AUGGAGGGCGACAGGCAGCUGGAGUACGCUAGGAACGCGGUCAGACGGUACCAGGAGCGCGAGGCGCUGGAGGCGGGCGCCGGCGGCGCCGCCGCCAGCCAGCAGAACUCGUCCGGGAACAACAAGAGACACAUCGUGAACGUGGACGACACGUCGAGGAUAAACUACGAGAUGAUCAAGAACACGCCGGGGAACGUGCCGCCGGCGGCCGGCUCCGAGGAGGCGGCGCAGGACGCGGAGAUCAGCGCGCUCAAGACGAAAAUGUACAAGGGACAGCUGUACAGAAUGAACGACGAGUAUCUGGAGAGGGUGAACGGGCGGUCGGAAGAGCUGUUGCGGGCGGAGCCGGGCGGCGGACAGGUCGAGGUGCCGUUGGAGGACCAGCACGUGUGGCUGCAGCAGAUCCACGAGCAGCUCGCCAGGGAGUACCGCAGCCUGGUCAACGAGGAGAAGAAGUGGAUCGUGCUCAAGGAGCUGCUGCUGGACGCGAACACGGAGCUCGAUCUGUACAGCGCGCAGGACCCGACGAUGCAGACGAUCACGCUCGGGUCGGUCGCUAUACCGAGCAACUCGAACGCCAACGCGCUGAUCUUCAACCGCUCCAAGAGGCAGAAGAUCAAGAACCGCGGCUACUGCGACGACAUUUCGCCCAUCCUGUAG